AUGCGUCCCAUCUCACUCAUCACAGCUGUUACUCUUCCCCUCGCUUUUGCGGCGCCCGUCCCUGAUCAAGAUACCACUCCCCAGAUUGUUCCCAUCCCUCCUCCUGCCGUAAUCCAGGCUCUCAUUGAUGCUGGCCUUGGCCAAUUCGCAACUCCCGCCGACAUAGCAUACAUCAAUGGCGCUAUAGCUGCCGCGGAAGCUGCUGCCGCUGCCACGCAGAAAGCUGGUGGCUCUAGCAAGAGACAGGAUUUAGGGUUAGGAUCAUUGACCGGUGCACUAGAGCCCAUUCUUGGUAUACUCGGUGGUUUAGGGCUAGGGGGCUUGAAAGAACGAGAUGGGAUUGUGAAGAGACAGGAUUUAGCCGGAGAAUUAAGUCCUCUUCUUAGUAUACUCGGAGGCUUAGGGCUAGGAGGGUUGAAAGAACGAGAUGAGAUUGUGAAGAGACAGAGUCUUCCUGUUCUUGGAAAUGUCGUUGGGGGUGUUCCGGGUACUGCAACUGGGACGGGGAUUACGAAUAAUUUACCAAUUGUAGGACCCGUUGUGGGAGGAAUUUUGCAGAAUCCGACUUCUGUCGUUACUUCUGUAUUAGGAGGUGGACUCAAAGAGAAAGCCAAGAGACAACAAGAAGUUGCUGCUGCUAUGAAAGAAUAG